AUUUACAUAAAUUUAUGUAUAAAAUUAAACAAGCCCUAGAUAGACAAACUUUCACGGCCGACAAGAUCUAAUUAUCAAAGCCUUGGUUCCUCCGAAUCGUUUCCGGUGCUGCUUAUCCCUGAUGGCAAAGCGCUUGGAACAAUGAGCAUUGCAAUGGUUCAUAGUGAUAUAGAGAGGGAAUGGGGGAGAUCAGUGUAUUUAUUUUAUUUAUGCUUAAAUCAUGGGGAAGAUGUGGAGAAAACAAAAUAGAUUUCUAAAAAUUUAUAAUAGCUUUUGGGAGCACAUUGGAGCAAAUAAGCAGUUUUGGAGCUUGUGGAGCACUGCUCUUUACCAUGGAUUGCUCUCACUUGUUACCUAACAAGCUUUGCAAACAAUGAGUGGUCGGUUUUCUCGGUCCAUCUAUGUUGGUAACUUGCCCGGUGACAUAAGGGAGUCUGAGAUUGAAGAUCUCUUCUACAAGUAUGGCCGCAUUGUGGAUAUUGAAUUGAAGGUUCCACCUCGUCCUCCAUGUUAUUGUUUUGUUGAGUUUGAGCAUCCUCGGGAUGCUGAAGAUGCUAUCGAUGGCCGUGACGGGUACAACUUUGACGGCUCUCGUUUGAGGGUUGAGCUUGCCCAUGGUGGUAGAGGACAGUCUUCAGGUGAUCGCCGUGGCGGUGGUGGAUAUCGUGGUGGGGGUGGUGGUGGCUAUGGAGGUGGUGGAGGAUCUGCCCGGUUUGGUGUUUCACGACACUCUGAAUUCCGAGUUAUUGUACGUGGGCUCCCAUCAUCUGCUUCAUGGCAAGAUUUGAAGGAUCAUAUGCGGAAAGCUGGUGAUGUGUGCUUUGCUGAGGUCACUCGUGACAGUGAUGGAAUUUAUGGUGUUGUUGACUACACCAAUAAUGAUGAUAUGAAGUAUGCGAUAAGGAAACUUGAUGAUACAGAGUUCAGAAACCCCUGGGCUAGAGGCUAUAUCCGGGUUAAGAAGUAUGAAAGCUCCCAGUCUAGAAGCCCAAGCAGAAGCAGGAGCCGUAGUAGAGGCCGUGGUCGCAGCCCUAGUCGUAGCGUUAGCAGAAGCAGGAGCCCAAGAAAGGAUCUGAGUAAAUCACCCAGACGUUCUCUUUCAAGAUCGUUAUCAAAAUCUAGAUCUCCAUCUCCCGACAGGAAGAAGAGUCCUCCUAGGGCAAUGUCGAGAUCGAGGUCCAGGUCUCUUUCAAAAUCUCCUGCCAAGGUUCAGGAAGGAACUGAGUGAGUGAUGGCACUUCGAACCGUCCAUGGCAAAGAUCAAAUCGGAUAAAUGGGGAGUUAUAUGCAAAAUUGUAAUUUGUUCUUAAGCUACUAGUUCUGGAUUCUUUCUUUUUCCUCUGCUACUACUACUUUGAUCUUUAAAACAUGUUAUCUGUACCGGUUCUUUAAAUUUUUAUGUUAACUGUUUGGGAGUUUUAGACAA